AUGUGUUCCUGCAACACACAAAGCUCCUGCACCUCCUGCAGCUCGUGCAACCCUUGCCCCUCCUGCUGCUCCUGGAUCCCCUAUAGUUCCUUCAACCCCCCGCAGCUCCUGCACCCCCUGCAGCUGCUGGAUCCCCUAUACUGCUGGAUCCCCUAUAAUUCCUGCACCCCCCGCAGCUCCUGCAUCUCGUGCAACCCUUGCCCCUCCUGCUACUCCUGGAUCCCCUAUAGUUCCUUCAACCCCAGGCAGCUCCUGCACCCCCUGCAGCUGCUGGAUCCCCUAUACUGCUGGAUCCCCUAUAAUUCCUGCACCCCCCGCAGCUCCUGCAUCUCGUGCAACCCUUGCCCCUCCUGCUGCUCCUGGAUCCCCUAUAGUUCCUUCAACCCCCCGCAGCUCCUGCACCCCCUGCAGCUGCUGGAUCCCCUAUACUCCUGCACCUCCUGCACCCCCCGCAGCUCCUGCACCCCCUGGAUCCCCUAUAGUUCCUUCAACCCCCGCAGCUCCUGCACCCCCUGGAUCCCCUAUGGUUCCUUCAACCUCCGCAGCUCCUGCACCCCCAGGAUCCCCAAUAGUUCCUUCAACCCCCGCAACUCCUGCACCCCUGGAUCCCCUAUACUCCUCCAUCUCGUACAACCCCUGCACCUCCUGCAAGCCCCAAAGCUCCUGCAACUCAUUUCCCGCACCCCCCCUCCCCGCAGCUCCUGCACCUCGUGCAACCCUUGCACCUCCUGCGACCCCCAAAGCCCCUGCAGCUUCUGCAGCCCCUAUGGUUCCUUCAACCCCCGCGGCUCCUGCACCCCCUGGAUCCCCUGUAGUCCCUUCAACCCCCGCAGCUCCUGCGCCUUCUCCAACCCCCGCAGUUCCUGCAGCUCCCGCAGUUCCUGCAGCUCCCGCAGCUCCUGCACCUCGUGCAACCCCUGCAACCCCCGCAUCCCCCGCACCUCCGGCCGGUCCUGCGGGAGGGAGUCUCUGCCAGCAGGGGCCGGGGUCUACCGGCAGGGGGCGGGAUUUUCCUGCAGGGGGCGGGAGCGGCCGGCAGGGGGCAGGAUUUUCCGGCAGGGGCCCGGGGCUGCCGGCAGGGGGCGGGGCCUAUGUGUAGCCGCUGGGCCCCAGUCCGAAAGCUGGCCUGAAAAUUCCUAUUUUUCCGUUGAUUUUGGGGGGGUUUUCCAGCCCGGAUUUGGUGCCCCCCUGAACUGGAAGAAGAGAGGACGGAUUCUUAAACUGGAAGGACCCGCUCCGAGAAGCGUCUCAUCCCCCUGGACUCUGGGAUCCAUGAUAGAGGAGGCGGCGGAGGAGGAGGAGGAAGAGGCGGCCGGCUCGACCCUCCGGUUGGGCGGGGAGGCGUCUGUGGACCCCGCGGGUGACGUCCGGCCUGGAGGCCUCACUUUCUACCACAUGGAUCUCUACGAUUCCCAAGACAGACCGAAAUUCUUCCCGGAAAAGCCGGCUGGGCCCCAGAGGGGUCAAGAGAUGACGCGAGACCGAGAGGACGGAGAGGGGGGCCCGGAGCCCCCCUCCAGCGACAGCCGGAGGGAAGCGGAGGAGCCGGCUUGGACGCGCGGCCUGGACGGGGACGAGGCCGGCCUCCCGCUCGGGGCCGGGGCGGCCGGUCCUCAGGCUCACUGGCCGCCCCCCGAAGAACAGGACUACUGGGCGGACCCCUCGGAAGGGGAAGAAGAAGGCGAGGGGGUGGGGGGCCGCGGCGGCCGAGGGUCCCCGGGCAGACCCCGGCCGCCGCGGGACGUGUAUCGGUAUCUCCGGGGCCGGUCCGGCGAAGACUUCGAGUGCUACGUCAUCCCGGAGGAAGACGACGAAGAGGAGGCCGAAGACGUUUUCUGCGUCACCUGCCGGACCCCAGUCCGGCCCGUCGAGGUGGCGCUGGGCGAGCACAAGGAGCACGAGGUCGCCCAGCUCGCCGACGCCAUUGAGAGCGCCAAGGACGAAGUCUACAGGAACGUGGACAGGCUGGAAGAGCAGAUUGCGCAGAUGGAAAAUUUCGCAAGCCACUUGGAGGAAGUUUUCAUCACGGUGGAGGAGAAUUUUGGGCGGCAGGAGCAGGACUUCGAGGUGCAUUACAACGAGGUCUUAGAGGCGCUCGCCCAGAAAUACGAAGAGAAGAUACAAGCCCUGGGCGAAGAGAAGAGAGAGAAGCUGGAAGCGUUGUACGGCCAGUUGGUCAGUUGUGGAGAAAACCUGGACACCUGCAAGGAACUGAUGGAGACCACUGAGGAAAUCUGCCACCAAGAGAAGGUGGAUUUCAUCAAGGAUGCAGUUGUUAUGGCUGACAGACUAGGAGAAUUCCUGAAGACGAGAACCGAGGUGGAGUUUUCGGCCCGCCCCGAUUUCAGAGACCAAACGAUUGAUUUCUCUGAGGUCGAGCAGCUGAUGGACGCCUUUCACACGCUCACAGCCCCGUCCGCUCCGGUGAUAAAUCCCCAAGCCCCCAACUCGGCCACGGGGUCUUCGGUGAAGGUGUGUUGGAGUCUGUUCUCCGACGACACGGUGGAAGGCUACGAGCUCUGCUACAAACCCGUGACAGAUGGCACGGGGAACAAGGGGAACACAGAAUUUACCGUGAAAGUCAAGGAAACAUACUGCACCAUCACUGACCUGCUGCCCAACACGCAGUACGAAUUUUGGGUCACGGCUGUGAACAGUACCGGAAGCAGCCCGCUUAGUGAACGUGCCGUCUACGUGACAGCUCCCUCACCUCCCAUCAUCCGGAGCCAAGAGCUCUGCAGCUGUGAACAGGCCGCCCUGCUCCGCUGGGAAUCCGGAAACCUGAACCCCGUCGAUUCCUACACCAUCGAGCUCGCCGCCGCCAACCCCGACGUGGGCGGCCAAGGGGCCGGGAGCCCGGUGACCGAGUCCAUCGUUGGCAUCCCCGCCCGGGAGGCCUUGAUUCCGCUGCAGCCGAACCAGAGCUACCAGAUCCACGUGCGAGCCAUCAACUUGGGCGGGCCCAGUGAGAGGAGCCGGCCGGCUCGAGUCCGCACCACAGGCUGCUAUUUCUACCUGAACAGGGACACGGCCCACCCCUGCCUGUCCAUCUCGGACGACGGAUUUACGAUUCUGCGGGAGGAAGGAGCCCUCUUCGUCGGGGACGCCCUUCCCAGCGACCUCCGGUUUACGGGAUGUGCCGCUGUCCUGGCCCGCCUGAUUCCCGUGAGAGGAACCCAUUACUGGGAGGUGGAAGUGGACGAAGACUCGGACUAUACCGUCGGCGUGGCUUUCGAAGACGUUCCCCGGCACCAUUCCCUCGGCGCCGACGAUUCCUCCUGGUGCAUGAGGCACUCGAACACAUCACCCAGGCACAAAUAUGAAUUUCUCCACGGUGGGCAGACUCCAGAGAUACAGAUAACAAUCCCGCCGAGGAGGAUUGGGCUCCUCCUCGACUAUGAGACCUGUAAGUUGUCCUUUUUCAACGUGGCCAUCUGCCAGCACCUCUACACGUUCAGCUGUCGGCUUCGGCGCCUCGUUCACCCCUGCUUUUCCUUGGAGAAAGCCGGUUCGCUGAAAAUACGCAACGGGGUUUCGCCGCCCAAGUACGCCUCUCCCGACUAAGGUGGGCGGCCGUGGGGAGAGGGGCCGGCGUCUGGCUUUCCCGAGUGCAGCCGGAGACCACCAGUUCCUGGGAAUGCCGUUUGCGAACGGAAGUCCCGAAAAGCAGCGUGGCUCGGCGGGAAGAG